AUGACGGUUAUUGUUUUUCUGCUUGACAACAGCGCAGCAAUGAACCAGCGCACUUUUCAAGGCACUACGUUACUAGACGUAGCAAAAUCUGCGAUAGAGAUUUUUUUCAAAAUAAGGAUGAGCAAAUCAAGAGUAGAUCGUUAUUUUGUGCUCACUUUGAAUUCUGACAUAAGUUAUGUCAAACUUACCGGUUGGAAACAGAAUGUUGAUCUUCAGUUACUUCAUUCUGCCUUAAAUAAUAUAAAACCAGACGGUUUAGUUGAUUUGUCAACUGGUAUUCAAAGAACAUUCCGAAUGUUAAAUAUAAAUAGAUUGCAACUCGGACUGGAAAAUUAUGGGAUGGGGAUUUAUCCAUCAUGUAUUGAACCUUCUGUAAUAAUAUGUAUUACUACUAGCAUAGGCUCAUACGGUUUUGAUGGCCAAAUUUUCAAUGAUGCAUCUAUAACUUCCAUAGAAUCUGCCGUUCUUGGGAAUGUUUUGACAAAAGAAACUUUCCGUUGGGAUUACCGCAUGUAUUCUCUGGUACUUCGUUUUCCCGCAUUUGUCAGUAAUAUUCAUGGUGGUAGCUCCAUAAGAUCAGAAACAAUCUCGCCGCUUAAAAGACUUGCGGAAGAAACUGGCGGUGAAAGUUUUGAUGUUUACGACGGUCGGGAACUCCACCAAUGUCUUGACUCUCUUGUCACAAAAUGCCAACCUGGCGUGGUUUUAAAAUUACGAAGGUCUACUGACUGCGUUGAUGCGGCUCUCCAAGAGAAGUUCGUAAAGCAGUUGAUGUCAGUUAAGCUAAUGGGAAGGUCAUCGUCUUGGCCUAUCCCAGAACAAUUUUGGCCUGAUGAUGAGAUGCUAGCAUCAGAGUUGCCACCUAGAAGUGCACAUCCUGAAGUCCUUGUAUCUAAAGUUCCUGUGGUGGAACCUGAGUUGCCCGAGUAUUUCCCUGUCGACCGUUACGAGUUGACUCCAUCACAUUUUACGAAAGAGUUUCUAAAUUCGUCGGAGCAAAAUAUGGUUUGGCGGUGUUUCAGCUAUGGUAUCAAAAAGAGUCAGAAUGCACCGUUUGGUUAUUUAAAAGUAUCAAGUGAUCUCCAGUCAGUACAUCUGCAUAUACUUCCUUACAAUUAUCCUGUAUUUCUUCAGUUACUUGGUGAUAUAUGUGAUCAUAAACGUAUGACGGAAGCCUGGGGUCAUCAGUUUGUGAACUAUCUAGGAACCAUACCGAAAUAUUACUUUAUGCCCCUAGCAAAGGCGUUUGAACGAAUAGGGUUUGUUGGGAUGAUUAAGCCUGAAGCUAUUGACCGUGCACUUCCUUAUCAGUUGAAACAUUCUUUGCAAAAGCUUCGGCAUUCAGCUAAAAUUGAAUACGAUAACUUCGUGCGUAUGACACAAACUGACAGCCCCACAAACCCAACUGUUACUUUACCAUCAGCCUUAUUGCCUUUACCUUUGUGGCCGCUACGUGAAUUUAAAUCGAUGUAUAUCAAACCUAAGCGUCUUCAUUCAAAUUCUCCCCGACCUUGUAAUAUAUCUCGAACCAAGUUGCGCAUAGUUUUGGGAAAAAUGAGGCAUGAACUUGAUAACCUCCUAAAUGGUUCAUCUAGCAUCCGAGCAGUUGACUUGAUUCAUCAACAACCAGUCGCCUUAAUGGGUGAUUAUGUUAACUACAGAAAUUCCCGGCAGGUCGAAACACCUUUGAGGGAGAUAAAUCCAACUCCUGAACGGUCGGAUACAUUCGGAAACCCUUUCCGACGGAAGUCUACAUCCUUCGUCGCGGAUGAAGGUUUCGUUGAUGAGAUGGAUUCAUUGCAAGUUAAUUCUUGUAAUCCGAAUACAGUUUUGCUCAACUUUGGGCGAAAAAAGUCUGCACAAACCACCAAAAAUCCUCAAGCAAGAGUCAAAGGUCCCUUACCUCCGUACAUUAAUCACCUAAAUUGGCGUUUUUUCUCGCCGAAAUCUUCACCGCUGUCAUCGCCUAGAUCUUCGGAUAAUACUUUCAGUGAAGAAAUAUCAAGCGCGAUUUCAUCUCCCACAUAUGCCGACAAUUCCCCUUCCUUAAUAAACCACUCAAGAUUCGCCAACCAAGCAAUUAUUGAAAAAACAAAUACUUUUGAUACUAAAAAUGCAUCGUCAUUGGAAAGUUUUAAAUUAAACAAAAAAUUAUGUUCGAAUUAA